AUGGCGUCCGUUCUUAAAGAGCAGGACCUCUACCUCGACCCGUCCAUUAGGGACUGGGUGCUCAUCCCCAUUACCGUUAUCAUGCUUCUCGUCGGUGUCUUGAGACACUACGUGACGCAGCUGCUCAACUCGGCACCCAAGCCCAAGCCCGCCGCGGCCGUCCGCGAACAGCGUCUGCUCUCCCGUUCACACGCAAUUCGCGGUAUCGCUCCACUCUCUCCGCUCUAUCCGGCCCAGUUCAAGUCCUUUACGGCCUCGACCUCGGCCGCCAUGGCCUCUGGUGACUACCUGCAGAACAAGGGCGGCGAGGCGGAGACUCCCAACCCCCUCGACCCCAAGAACAUGGACAGCAUGAUGGACGGCAUGAAGAAGCAGGCUGUCAUGAUGGUGCCCAACAUGCUCAUCAUGCAGUACAUCAACGUCUUCUUCUCGGGCUACAUCCUUAUCAAGCUCCCCUUCCCGCUCACUCUCGGCGCCAAGUCGCUGUUCGCGCGUGACAUUGCCAUGCCCGACCUCAGCGUCCGUUGGGUCUCGGCUCUGUCAUGGUACUUCCUCAACCUCUUCGGUCUCAACGGUGUCUUCAAGCUCAUCCUUGGCGAUGAGAAUGCCGCUACCGACACCCGCGACCAGUCCGGUCUCGCCAUGCUCGGCGGCGCGGGUGGGCCCAUGGGUCCCGGUCAGCCUGACAUGGUCAAGGUGUUCAAGUCUGAGAUUGAGAACCUCUCCCUUGCCGACGGCCUGUACCGCUGGGUCGGCGACGGCGUGGAGGACCGCGUCCUUGAGCGCUGGGGCAAGAAGUAG